UUAAUUUUUAGGACUUCCCAGUCAUGCCUAGAGCAAGGAAAAUUAUUGCCACAGAAAACAAUAUUGGAAGUUUGGAUGGUCUGCAGAGUCUUAGAGGGACUCCAUUAGAGGAACUUUACCUCAGCGGCAAUAACUGCUCAUUUGAGAUUAAUUACAGAAAAAGGGUGUUUGCAGCUUUGCCUAACCUGAAAGUUCUUGAUGGCAUUCCAAGAUUACCUAGUGACAACAACUUUGAUGAUGUAGAAACUCCAGCGGAAAACUCAAAAUGUACAAUUCUGUAAACCUGUGAUAUGAUCU